UUGUAACUGCAGUCAGUGACAUAGUGCAGAACAGCCUGGGAUAAUAAUGCCAACUGCCAAGCCAGAUUGGGGUUGUUGGAGGGGUUGCAAUAGUUUCCAAAUCUUUUGAAGGAAAAACUGAUCGCACAGAAGAGUGGUAUGGAACCCAGUACAGACAAGAAGCUAUACCAGAUGAAGUCAUUAAGAAAUGGCAAAAUGCUGAUUUGAAUGGGAAAUUUAAACUUCCAACGAAGAAUGAAUUUAUUCCUACAGAUUUUGAGAUUUUAUCAUUAGAAAAAGAAGCAACACCAUACCCUUCUCUUAUUAAGGAUACAGCUAUGAGCAAACUGUGGUUCAAACAAGAUGAUAAGUUUUUCUUGCCUAAGGCCUGUCUGAACUUUGAAUUUUUCAGCCCAUUUGCUUAUGUGGACCCCUUGCACUGUAACAUGGCCUAUUUGUACCUUGAGCUCCUCAAAGACUCACUCAACGAGUAUGCAUAUGCAGCAGAGCUAGCAGGCUUGAGCUAUGACCUCCAAAAUACCAUCUAUGGGAUGUAUCUCUCGGUGAAAGGUUAUAAUGACAAGCAGCCAAUUUUGCUAAAGAAGAUCAUUGAGAAAAUGGCUACCUUUGAGAUUGAUGAAAAAAGAUUUGAAAUUAUCAAAGAGGCAUAUAUGCGAUCUCUUAACAAUUUCCGAGCUGAACAGCCUCACCAGCACGCCAUGUACUACCUCCGCUUGCUGAUGACUGAAGUGGCCUGGACUAAAGAUGAAUUGAAAGAAGCCCUGGAUGAUGUUACCCUUCCUCGCCUUAAGGCCUUCAUACCUCAGCUCCUGUCACGGCUGCACAUUGAAGCCCUUCUCCAUGGAAACAUAACAAAGCAGGCUGCAUUAGGAAUUAUGCAGAUGGUUGAAGACACCCUUAUUGAACAUGCUCAUACAAAACCUCUCCUUCCAAGUCAGCUGGUUCGGUAUAGAGAAGUUCAGCUCCCUGACAGAGGAUGGUUUGUCUAUCAGCAGAGGAAUGAAGUUCACAAUAACUGUGGCAUCGAGAUAUACUACCAAACAGACAUGCAGAGCACCUCGGAGAACAUGUUUCUGGAGCUCUUCUGUCAGAUCAUCUCCGAGCCAUGCUUCAACACCCUGCGCACCAAGGAACAGCUGGGCUAUAUUGUCUUCAGUGGGCCACGCCGAGCCAAUGGCAUACAGGGCUUACGGUUCAUCAUCCAGUCGGAAAAGCCACCUCACUACCUAGAAAGCAGAGUGGAAGCUUUCUUAAUUACCAUGGAAAAGACCAUAGAGGACAUGACAGAAGAGGCCUUCCAAAAACACAUCCAAGCAUUAGCGAUUCGUCGACUAGACAAACCAAAGAAACUGUCUGCAGAGUGUGCUAAAUACUGGGGGGAAAUCAUCUCGCAGCAAUACAAUUUUGACAGAGAUAAUACAGAAGUUGCCUAUUUAAAAACACUUACCAAGGAAGAUAUUAUCAAAUUCUAUAAGGAAAUGUUGGCGGUAGAUGCCCCAAGAAGACAUAAGGUAUCCGUCCAUGUUCUUGCCAGAGAAAUGGAUUCUUGUCCUGUGGUUGGAGAGUUCCCAUGUCAAAAUGAUAUAAAUUUGUCACAAGCACCAGCCUUGCCACAACCUGAAGUGAUUCAGAACAUGACUGAGUUCAAGCGUGGUUUGCCACUGUUUCCCCUUGUGAAACCACAUAUUAACUUCAUGGCUGCAAAACUCUGAAGAUUCCUCAUGGGCGGGAAAGCGCAAGUGGAUGCAUUCCUGAGUCUUCCAAGGGCUAUAGGAAAACAGUCUUGGCCACUUUAAUAUUUUCUGGUUCACUAUUAGAGAGAAAAACAGAAAAAAAAAAAAAAGUUGUCAAAUGUCAUUAUGUAGAAAUAUUAAAAAUCCAAAGUAAUUAAGUUACAAAAUCUUAUAGAUGUAGAAUAUUUUUAAAAUACAUGCCUCUUAAUAUUUUAAAAGUUUUCUUUUCAUUACUAAGAGAAAUGUCCCUUAUAUAACAAUACUUAAAAUGAUGGAUGAUAUUCCUAUAGAAACUUUCUUCCUUAUUCUGUAAAAUAGUCACUUGUCAGAAGAAAAAUAUGUUAGCUUUUUUCUAAAAGCCUCCUAGGUUGACAGAAAAGACUUCAAAACAUAUAGAAAGAUAAUACCUUUUUAAAAAUGGGUCCUCAAUUUUGCUUUCUACUUAAUGGUUUCAUGUAAAUAAUGGAGAACAUUACAUUUGGCAGAUAAUGAACAAAGCAAUGUAAUUUUCUUUUAUUAGUGAAAUUGCUGAUUAUAUAAGGCAUGGUUUUAAUCUUUUUAUAGAAUUUGAACGUUUUUUAUUCAAACUAGUAAAAUGCUGGAAAACUCUAGAACACCCUACUUAUUUACAGUGCUAGAAAUACAGACUUACCUUACAUCAAUUUUGUCCCAAAAUGAAUUUCUCAGGAUUACUGUGAUUUGUUUUUUUCUGAUUGAAUUAUAUUGACAUUCUUGUUCAUAGUUGGUUUGCAGUGUUCCAUCAGUGUCACUUUUCCCCAUCAACACGUUGCUGUAUUUAUUUAACAAAAACAAACAGGGUCAACUUCAGAUCCCACUGAGUGUGUGACAUGCUUUUCCAACAUCAUCUAUUGUAAACACCUGUAACUUUUUACUACCACGAAAUUGCAGUCAGUAUACGAACCAAAAUAUUUGCCCCAUUAUGAAUAUAAAAGGCAACACGUGCAAAGACACCUUUUUGGAGGUAAAAAAAGGAAAGCCUUGGAUUCUUCAAUAGCGUGCUCUCCGUAGAGACUCUGAAUCCUGUUUUGCUACCAGUCUAAUACUGCCUUAAGUGUAAAGUUACUUUUUGAAUAUAUAAAUUCAAACAUACAAACACACAGAUGAUGACUGGAGUGAACUUUUAAAAAAUAUUUUUUUUCAUGAGAUACAAUUUUGGAUGAAAUUGUUACUGUAGAUUUAACAGCUGUUUUGAAAUAUUUACUGUUAUUAAAACUUAAAGAGAAAUUGGAGACAUACAGGAACUAGUAACAGUAAGUGGCCCUGUAGUUCACUAACUCAGGCAAAGUAAAGAAUGGCAUUUUCAAAUGACAUUUCACCUCCAUAUGACUUGAUUUGCCAGGACUUCUUUCUGUAGAGUCAUGUCUUUUCACAUCUUAAGUUUUCACAUUUUCUGUUUUUCUGAAUAAUCUGAAUUUGGGGCAAGAAUGAUAAUCACAACUGUGGAGGCUGCUUUUGAAAGCGGGGCUCCAUUUCUACUGUCAGACAUAUGUGGUGCUGUAACCAUCUUUUUAUCCCUGCCUUCAAGAGCUUCCUUGUAUGAAGCCUGUCUUUGUCCAUCAGAAGGUGUGUGAGUCAUCAUCACUUCCUUCUGGUUUUAUGCAUUUGUAGACUAUGCAGCUUUUCAUCAAACUGCAGAUAUAUAUGAGAGGGAUCAAAAACUAGUCCUGAGUGCAUAAAUCCACCACUGGAAAAGUAAAUAAUCCACUUAUAUCUUUUCUGUGGAAAAUUAUGUGCUACUGGGUAACUUUUUGCUCUUUAAAAAAAAAGGGAGGGGGUGAAAUUUAACAGUGUCAUUUUUAUGAGAAAGUCACGUGAAGAAAUCUGAAAGGCAUCUCAUGUAGUCUUACAGGAACCUGUGGUUGCUCUUGAGUGUGCUCUAGCAUUGUCUGGUUUCCACUUUGGAUCUAGAGCUACUGUUGGAUCACUCAGGCAUACUUACGGAUUCAGCUACAUGGAUCCAAGCUGCAGUCCCUGAGCAAUAACAGACUACCUGGCUACUGCUCUUUACUCAGCGCUUAGUAAAUGAGAUUUGUGAAACACACUAAGGUGUUAGUUACCCGUGACUUUUUGAAAAGUCUUCUUUUUCACCGCUUGAUGUGGAAGAGAGAGCAUGUGACACAGCCAGUACGUGGUAGAGUGCUAGGGUAAUCCUGUUUACAAUAAAUUGCCUGAAUUUCACCUCUGGAGUUUGCAUUUGUAUUAUUUUUACAGUUUCAGUGGCCAAUCCUCAACCUACCUCUCAACAUCCCGAUUUGACGAUGUUUCUUGCUUUCAUUGUUCCUAAUGUAGAAAGCAGUGGAUUUUUUUUUUUUUUUAAGUGAAUCUGGGUAACAGUGAUUUAGUCAAAUAAAUGGGUCAAUUUCACAGUCUUAAGAGUAGAUCACUUUCGUAAAACAGGAAUCUCAGUGUGAGAGGCUGAACUCCUUGCUGACGCCAAACCCAGAAAGAUUUGUCCUGCGAGUUUCAGGGAGGAGAAUUCAGAAGGUAGAAAAAAUAUUUCUGUCCUCAUCUUCCUCGCGUGUCUCCAGCGGCAGGUUAGGCAGAUAUCUUGUCCGAUCCCUGGCUUCUUACUCCCUGUCAAAAUAAUCUUUCUACUCGUGUGGUUACCAGCUGGUUCAACCAAGCAUUUCAAGAGGGAAUCUGGUGGUUCUUCAGUUUCCAACCUAGGACAGUAGUGCAGGACACAUGGUCGGC